AUGAAGUAAGCUGCCUAUCUUGAAGCACUAUAAAACAUCCAUGGACACUACAAUGUCUAAUCUUCAAAAGUUGAGAAUAAAGAUAAUGCAGAGUUAGAGAGAGUACUUAAAUAAGCACUACUACUCAAUCCUAUUCAUGAUAUCUUCGUACAUCCUUAUGCCAAUGUUUAAGCUCGUCUUCACAAACAAGUCCCAGUUGAUCCAUUGUAAUAAACUGAAUGGGAACUUAAAGAGCAGGCAAAACUUCAAGCUCUCCAAAAAAUCUAUGGACAUAAUGUUCAAUCAGGAAACCCUUUGUCUGAUUUAGAGAGAGAAAUGAAAUAAGCAACCUACUUAAAUGGAAUGCAAAAUAUUUACGGACAUUAUGCAAAUGUCCAAUCACCAUCAUCUUACAUUAUGUAAAACUAUCAGCAGACUGAAUAAUUAAGAUGUUACAAAGAACAAUAGACCUCAUGUUUAAAAGAAAAAGGCAUAAGAUUAUAACCCACUUGCUGA